UUGACUAGACAAUACUGGGGUGAUGAUAUCAGAGUCAUUGUUCAUAUGUCUGCAGAUCGCUCUUCUACAAUCGAGAGAAGCGGUGAUGUGUUGGAUGAUCAGAAUCAUGACAAAUACAAGGAUAGUGUUGGUGAUCCACAGUCCAGCAUUCGCUUAGUUGUAACUGGUACGAAUUUUCUCGGGACUACUUUGGAGUACGGUGUCAUUGCUUAUCCAGAUGACUUCUCCAUAGACAGUUUCUGUAUCAAGUAUGCAAAUGCUCCGGAUGAAGAAAAUAUAUAUUACAGAGGACCUGACUAUGCGUAAGUACUAGCUAUAAUUAUUCGUUGCCAGCUUUGAAAUUGUAUAUUACAUCGAUAUCUGUCAACUGUUGCUUUCGCUAUAUCUUACAUUAUUGGUUUCUUAUCAUGCAUCUUUUAUUCUUCUUCAAGGAAGUUGGAUAAGAACUUGCAGAAAGAAUUCCACAGACGCUUGAAGAUGAUAGGGAUCAUACCCAGCACCACCAACUUCUUACAUGAGUACAUGGCUAACAGAGACAUGUGCUCAUCAGAUUCUUCCAAUCCUUCUCCACCUACUAUUAAUCAACCUACUCCUGAACCCAUAGGAACAACGUUGUUUAAUGAUGAAGGAAUUCCUGUCGACCCUGGCAUCGAGGUAUAUAGACAAAGAGGACAUCCACUUGUCAGUGCUGAGGAUAUCCGCAAUAGUGGAAAGAAUCACAAAGACUUCAUUUGGAUUCCGUAUCCAUAUACUCGGAAUGGCAGGGAGUCUAGCAGCAAGCUGAGCUACCACACAUAAGAAUACUCUAUAAGGAAUAAAUUUGUAUCAUGAUUUGAAACAUAUGGAAGAUGUGCCUGAUUAUGUAGAGGCUUGGGAAGAACUUGGUGUUUCCCUAAAAGCACACAAUGAUGAGAUGAAUAAAAUAAAGUAUCCUAAUGGACCGCCGGAUGUUGUUGAACUGAGUGAUUCAGAUCUUGAACAUUAUCAAGUAUGGCAUAUGUAAAUUUGAGAUAGUUUGCUCGCCAUUUCUACAUUUUCGUUCUUUCCCUUUCUUAUUUUACUGACUCAUGAUCAU